AUGAUUAGAUUCGCCCCCCUCUCGGUUCCGCGCAGUAGGCGCUUGCAGACCCUCGGCGUCCUCUUCUGGGCGCUGCUGCUGCCCAUCUCGAUUGCCCUCUUCUUCCUUAUACUCUCGGUGCCCCUCUUCUGGCCCAUCGUCAUCCCCUACCUCAUCUGGAUCUUCUUCAUCGACACCGCGCCCGAGUCCGGAGGCCGCCGCUUCCCGCGCGUCCGCAAGCUUGCCGUCUUCCGCUACUUUGCCGAGUACUUCCCGAUCUCGAUGAUCAAGACGACUGACCUGCCGCCGGAUCGCCCCUACAUCUUCGGAUACCACCCGCACGGCAUCCUCGGCGUGGCCGCCGUCGCCAACCUCGCCACGGACGCAACCGAGUUCCCCGCCAGCUUCCCCGGCAUCACCCCGCACCUCCUCACGCUCGCCACCAACUUCACAAUCCCCAUCUUCCGCGACGUCAUCAUGGCCAUGGGCAUCUGCAGCGUCUCGCGCCGCAGCUGCGAGUCGAUCCUGCGCAAGGGCAAGGGCAAUGCCAUCGCCAUUGUCGUCGGCGGCGCCUCAGAGAGCCUCAAUGCGCGGCCGGGCACCGCCGACCUCACGCUCAAGCGCCGCCUCGGCUUCAUCAAGAUUGCCAUUCGCAACGGUGCGGAUCUGGUCCCCGUCUUUUCGUUUGGCGAGAACGACGUCUACGAGCAGCUGUCCAACGAGGAGGGCACCAAGGUCUAUGCGAUCCAGAAGCGCUUCCAGAGCCUGUUUGGCUUCACCCUGCCCAUCUUCCACGGCCGAGGCGUGUUCAACUACAGCAUCGGCCUCAUGCCCUACCGGCAUCCGAUCGUCAGCGUCGUGGGGAGGCCGAUUCACGUCAAAAAGAACCCGGACCCCACAAAAGAAGAGGUCGAGGAGGUGCAGAAGCAGUACAUUGACGAGCUGAUGAACAUCUGGGAUACGUGGAAGGACGCCUAUGCCGCCAACAGGACAAAGGAGCUGACCAUUAUCGCAUGA